GGGGACGCUGGCCGGAUAGAGCGGGGCCGAGCGCGGCGGAGCCAUGGGCCGGGCCGGGGUCGCGGCGGGGCCGUUGACGUGGCUGCUGCUUCUCAGCCUGACCCGGUCGGCCGCCGCCGCCGCCGCUGUCCCCGCUACCAACGCGAGCGGCGGCGGCCCCGACCCGUUGUAUUCCUAUGAGUACUUUGUCCAGAGCCCCCAGAAGUUGGCCUUCUACAGCUGGUAUGGCAGCACCAAGCUCUACCACUUCCGGGUGCCUUCUGACACAAUGCUGCUCCGUUGGCUGCUGCAGGCAUUCAAGGGCCCAGGCUCUGAGUGCACGGAUGUGGAGAUCACCGUCCACUUCCGUUAUGGUGCUCCUCCAGUCAUCAACCCUCUGGGCACCAAGUUCCCAGCCAACACCACAGUCCGGCCCUCGUUUUCUAUAAAGCUGAUCUACAACAACACUAUCAUCAAUGUCUCCAGCCCUGCACCUGGCGAUUGGUUCAUCGCAGCCCACUUGCCCCGCUCGCCCCAGAAAAUAGAAGUAAAGGGCGUGGCCACCCCCUGCACCUACAUCUUCCAACCAGACAUGCUGGUGCUCCGACUGACCGAUGUUACCAUUCUACAGCCCAACAUCCCCCUCUCACAGACCCUCUCUGGCUCCCAGCUGAAGCAUCUGAAGGUCUUCAUCCCAAAGUACACCUCAGACUUCCAACUAGAGCUGAGGAGCUGUGUGUCUAAUGGGAGCCAGGUCUGCCCAGUACGCCUCAUUGUUGGGCCCAACACCCUGCCCCAAUCCUUUCAGAAGGUCUUCAGCUGUACAGACCAGCAUGAGCCCUGCCGCCUGCUCCUAUCUGCACCUCCCUGGGACACUUGGCUACAGGUGACAGCUGAGGGCAGGGCAGAACCCAACGUCAGCGUGACCUUCGAUGCUGUUGCCUCCUUCACAGUGUGCCAGCCAGGGAGUCUGGGACCCUUGGUCACCUCCUACAUCAGCCUGAACCAGAGUCUCAACGCAUCAGCAGCCUCCCUGUCCAUGGGGCGGAGCCCUUGGCACCUUGGCAAGAGGAUGGGUGUGGGCAGCAGCCCCUUUUCCCCUGUUGGGGACUUCCGAAAUGCCUCAGCUCUGAGUGGUUUCUGCCUCCUCAGCUACCCGGUUAUUCGGGAGGAGCUGGAUGUGGUUUCCGUGCGCUUCUGGCCCCUGAGUGGUUCUGGGAUCAUUGUGUGGUCCGGUCUGCCCACCCUGUUCCCGAUCAAUCUCAACACAGGCAUGGAUAGUGGCAGUACCUUCAUCGUCAGCCUGAAGCUCAAUACGACUCUGGGCAGUAACAUUUCAGUUGUUGGUUGUCUGAGUGCCACCUCGCCUGUCCUCACCCUCAGUACCUCUCAAAACUGCACUACAGCCUUUUUCGAAGGAUACUCUUUGUCCCUGUCUGACUCUAUUCGUGAGGUGAUGCUUUCUGUCCCCUAUCCAGAGACAGGCAAUUGGUACCUCUCUUUACAGCUCAUCUGCCCCCAAAAUCUGAGCGAGUGUCAGCGGGUUCAAGCCAAUGUGGAGGCUUCUUUGUCCCUGACCCCCUGCUUCAAUGACUGUGGCCCCUAUGGCCAGUGUAGACUGCUCCGAAGACAUGGGUACCUUUAUGCUAGCUGUACCUGCAAAGCUGGCUGGCAGGGCUGGAGCUGUACUGAUGACACCAAGGCCCAAACGGUGGCGCAGCAGAACCUGGCCACCCUGCUGCUCACACUCAGCAACCUCAUGUUCCUGCUCCCCAUCACCGUCGCUGUCUACCGCCACUAUGUGGUUGAAGCGUCUGUCUACACCUAUACCAUGUUUUUCUCUACGUUCUAUCAUGCCUGUGACCAGCCUGGGGUGGCAGUGCUGUGCAUCAUGGACUAUGACACGCUCCAAUAUUGUGACUUCCUGGGCUCUGUGGUGUCCAUCUGGGUUACAAUCCUCUGCAUGUCUCGAGUAAAGGCUUUUGUGAAAUACGUGCUUUUUGUCCUGGGGACCCUGAUCAUUGCAAUGUCCCUGCAGCUGGACCGAAGGGGAAUCUGGAACAUGAUGGGCCCCUGCCUCUUCGCCCUCAUUAUCAUGAUCAGCAUGUGGGUAUACAGAUGUGUUAAUCGACACCACUGUUAUCCCACAUCAUGGAAGCGAUGGGCCUUCUACCUCCUCCCGGGAAUCUCUCUGGCAUUUGUGGCCAUUGCCAUCUACACUUUCAUGGGGACCAACGACAACUACUUCUACACACACAGUAUCUGGCAUGUGCUGAUGGCCAGUAGCGUGGCUUUCCUUCUGCCCCCUCGUGACAAGAACAUAGAACCCUGGGCCUGGUCACAGAAGCUCACCUGCCGCUACCAGCUCUGUAAGAAUACCCAGGAGGAACUCUAUGCGGUGACGUGAAGUUACCUGGCCUGUGGCCCAGCUGUUCUUCUGUAGCAGGGACUGCCAGUGAUAGGCUGACUCCGCCUACCAACUCACCCCGCAGCUCCCACUUCUCCUCUCCCUCCAAGGAUAAAGGGGAUAUGCUUCCUAUUUGAUUUCUAUCUGAAUAAAAUUGUUCUG